AUGAUUCUAAUCAUUCUUGCUAGUUUUACUCUAUUGAGUGUAUGCAAACAUUGUUCCUCAUUUCCUUACGAUUACACUAAAAUUGUUGCAAAGGAAAAUGAAAAAAUAGUUUAAGAUUUAGGAGAUUACUUCGGCAAAACUAAAUAUAAAGAUGUAGUCACAUUAAGAGAUGAAAAUAAUAAACUAUCUUUAUUGAAUCCAAUAUAACUAAUAAAUACAAUGGAAAUGCCUCCUAAUUGUAAAAUAUGUUUUUGAUAUUUUAUUAGUCAAUAAGAUAAUAUCGUAUUCUGUAUUAACUUCUUCAGAAUUUGAGUGGCUUAAUAAAUAUUAAUUAUUGGCUAUAAAUAAAGAUGAUGAUAUAAUUCUGAUUUGGACAGAACAUUUUGUAGCUGGUACUCAAGGAAGGUUACCAAACUUUGACUCUAAUAAAAUUAUUGGAAAUAUCAAUUAAGUAAAAUGUUAAUCAUCAGUUAUUUUGGAUGCAAAACACCUAUUAAUAGAUUGUUAUUAAAUCGAUACUGGAAACUUAAAUAAUCAAUUUUAUUUAAUAAAUUAAGAUUAAGAAGAAAUAAUUAAGAUAGAAAAUACUUAUCCUUUAUUAACAGAUUAAAAGAGAUACAUACUUAGCACAAAUAAUUAUAUUUAUAGAAUUACAACUUACUCAACCGAUAAUCCAUCAUAUAUUGAAAUAUUCACAUAUGAUUUAUUAAGCAAUCAAAUAUAAAGGAUAAAAAUUAUUGAUCAAGAAUUAAUUUUAAAUUAUGUAACAUUUCGUGAAUACUCUUUUGAAAUAGUUGAAGUAAAAGUAGGACCAUAAGAUCAAAUCCUUAUUUUGGAUUCAAUAGGUAAUCUAUUUGAAAUGAAGUAUCUUAUUGAUAAAGACAGUUGGGAAUUUUCAUUUUUAGUAAUGAGAUUGGGUAAUUCAAUAUCAUUUGAUUAUUCCUUUAAAUAUAAAAGGAUGGCAGUAUUACAACCUUUUAAAAUUAUUUAUGGAAUAUUUCUUACAGAAUAUAACUCAAUUGAAGAUUUGUCAUAAUCAAGAAUACAUAUUACUAAAAAUUUUUUAUAUUUAGUGUCGUCAACUAAAAUAAUUUCAUUUCUUUUAGACGUUUUUCAACCUGUAUAUUAAACAACAGGAGAUUUCAGUUAUUUGUUAACUGAUUAUACGCAAAAUGAUUUCUUAGCAUUUAGUAAUACAAAUAUAAAACAUUAUUUAAGUGGAUCAGAAUAUAAAAUUUAAUAUUCAAAUAAUCAACCUGAAUUAAAAGGAACAGCAAUAUUAAAUCAUAACUAAUGCUAAGUGACAAUUGAAUAUUAGACAGUAGCUCGUAAUUCAAAAGAACUUAUCUUGAUUUCUAAAGGAAAUAUUAUUGAAACUCCUUUUCUUUCAGAUACUAUUUAUUUACAAUAUACAUUGCCAAAUAGUAUUAACAAAUUAGUUGAUGGUCCCACAUAAUCAUUAUCUUUUUAAAAAGUAGAUAAUAGUAAUCUAGAAUAAAGUGGUAAUGUAAGUUAUAUAGGAAUGACUGGAGACUUGAAAACAGUAUAUGAAAAUGAAAAUUUAAGUUUGAAAAACCUAAUAUUUACAUAAACUAUUUCAAUGAUAAAUUCUAAUGAUAAUAACUACCUCAUUAUAACUUAGAAUCAAGAAAAGUUAUUAAAGAUUUAUAGGUGUUACAUAUACAUCGCUUAAGCUUGUACUUAAAGUUAUGAAACAUUAUUAACAUUUAAAAUAACCUCUGAAAACACAGCUAUAUAAUAUGAAGAUUAAGCUCUCAAAUUUAUAACUUUAUUGGACAAGAAAAACUUAUUUUAUUAUUAAUUCUUCUAAGGGGAAUAUUUUAAUAAAACUAUCACACUAACUGAUCAAGAUCCAAUUGACGAGAUUGAUAAUAUUUAUACUAACUAUAAAUAUUUUAUAGCAUAUUCUAAAACAAAGAAAAUAAUUGGAGUUUACGAGUUUAAAAAUGUUAUCUUUUUAUAUUCAAUAACUUUGGAUUAAAUGAAGAAAUUUGGUAUAUCUGAUUGGAAUCCUUAAAGACUAUUUUGUAACAAUUAUAAGGAAAUCCUAUUUCUAAUUAAUGGUCAACAAUAAAAUGAAGUUUUUAUAUUGACUUUGAAUCUUAAUUAUUUUACUUUAGAUUAUGUUAUGAAAAUUAAUGAAUCAAAAGAUAUUAGAAUAAUUACAUUCGUUGAAAGAUUCGCUAUUCUUUAAUAAUAUGAAAAUGGAAUUAUAAGUUUUGAUGUCUUCAAUAUGAAGGAAAUUACAAAUAUUUAUUUUGAGAAAACACCUACAUUUUAUGAUUACAAAAUUUAAGAUUUGAAUUCCAUCUAUUGGGUAUCAUCCAAAAAUCUAUUGCACUUUAAAGCCUAAUUAGAAAAUAAAUAAUAUCUAUUAACCUACAUGAUUGAAUAAACAGAUCAUAAUUCAUUAUAUACUGUUUAAGUAUUAAAUGAAACAAAUUAAUAUAUUACAGUUGAUCAAGACAGAGUAUUCUAAUUCAAUUAGGAUGUCAUUUAAAUAUAUUGGAUUCAAAGAAAACCAAAUUUGGUAUAUUAUGUGAAUUUCAAAGAUGAAACAUUUAUAAGUAAUGUUAAAUAUUAAAUUAUAUAUAAAAAUGGAUAAGAAUUAUAAGUUAAUCAAAACUUUAGACUUGCAAAUACUUAUAUAGAAUUAAAAGCGUAUCCAGAUAAAAUAAAUAUUACUACUAAUCUUUCAACAAAAGUGUAAAACAAUAAUAUUUAAAAUAUGGGAAGAGCUUGGUAUUUUGGUGAGGUUAGUAAAUUUGAAUUAGAGUCUCCUGAUAUUAAAGGUUAAAAAAUUGAAAUUAUUGAUCCUAUUGAAUAAUUAAUAGAGUACUAUUAAAAUAACACAAUUAGUAUAACUGAUUUGGAUAAUAAUCAUGUUUUUGUUUUAAAAAGUGAUAGUUUUUUAAUUGUAAGUAAAAAAUCCAAUUAAGUUGUUGCUCAAAAAAGCAUCACAUAAGGAUAUGAUUGCAAAAAUAUAUUAGCUUCAUUUUAAUCUAAAAUUUUAAUUAUGUGCACAUAAGAUAAACAAUAGUUCAUAAAUGGAAUUUAAUGUGUAGAAGCUGAAUGUAAGGUAGGGGAUAAUUGGUUAUAAAUUGAUGAUGAUAUUAUUUUUGGAUAAAUGGAUGAAGAUAAUAUAUAUAUUGUAUUAAAGUAGAGUAUUUUAGUUUAUUCAAACUAAAUUUUAGAUAUAUUACAUGCAAAGAAUUAUGGUUUGAUUACAUUUGAAGAUUUUGAAUAUUUCUAGUAAGGAUUAGCUAUAAAAAAAAUAUAAACAAAUCUUUAUCAUAUUUAUUGCACAGAUUUAAACUAAAAUUUUAUUAUAUUGGAAUACAUAAUUAAAGAUGAAAAAUUGGUUAGAAUUAAUAAAAUAAAUUACAAUCUAUAUGAUUUAUUAAAUAAUGAGUUUUAUCUUUUACCUUCAGCUGAAUUGAAUUUAAUAAAGGUUAUUAAUUUACAGAAUUAAGGUGCUAUCUUUUAAAUUGAUUAUAUAAUAUUUGCUACAGUUGGUCCUCACUAUGGAAUAAGAAUGGAAUUUAAUUGUAAAUCUGACUCAUGUACUCUAUCAUCUUAAAAGAUAAUAUAUAUCUUAUAGGGUUAUGGAGAAAGUAAAGUUGACAGUUUAGUUUUACCAAAAGUAAUAAUAAAAUAAAAAUAUGUUUCAAUUGUGUAUCAAUUUAAUAAUCCUGGCCAUAAAUCUUAUACUUAAGCUAUAUAUGAAAUUCCAGAAAAAGAAUCUACAAAUUCUGCUGUUUACUUUUAUGCAGCAAUACAAGAUGUUUCAUACGCUUAUUAUUUAAAUUUUUAAACAGAAUUGUACACCUUUGCAAAUGAGGUAAUUAUUUAGAAAAUAAUUUUAGUUAUAUUUAAUUAGUAAUUUGAAAUAAUAUGGUUAAUUAAGAUUAUACAAAGUUAAUCAAUCUCCAAAAUUAUUGAUUGAUGGGAAUAUUAGUGAAGCCAAAGUUACUAUCUCAUUGAAAAAUGAUUAUGUAAUAAGAAAUUUAUAUCUUGACAUUACAGCAUCUGAUGAUCCAGGUUAAUCUGAUAAUAAUGGUCAUACAAUAUUAUGGGUUAUUUUAGGAAUAGUAGGAGGAUUAAUAGUUUUAGGAGUUGGAUUUUGGUGUUGUAAAAAGAAAAAGUCUAAGAAUGAGCCUCUGUUAUGA